AGGGAAGGUUUUGUGGACGCACAGAAGUCGCUCUUUGCGUACACGUCAUUCAUUUCCUUGCUGCUUGACUUUGUGCGUUUCUCUGCACAUUUAGAACAGAAAUCAUGUCUACUUCAGUAUUUUCUGUCAUAUCGCGCUUUGUGGGAGAGUACAGGAGCAGCACGCCGACUAAACUGAAGGUGGUCGACUCUUAUCUGCUGUAUAUUUUGCUGACAGGAGUGUUCCAGUUCCUGUACUGUCUGCUGGUGGGAACGUUUCCCUUCAACAGCUUCUUAUCUGGAUUUAUUUCAUGUGUGGGAUCCUUCAUACUGGCAGUCUGUCUUCGCAUUCAGAUCAACCCUCAGAAUAAAGGCGAUUUCCUGACCAUCUCCCCUGAGAGAGCAUUCUCUGACUUCCUGUUCGCUCACACUGUUCUACAUAUAGUGGUCGUCAAUUUUGUUGGCUGAACGAGACCAUCUACUUGCUGCCAUUUACAAUAUGAAGACCAAAUUUUGAAGCCUGCAGCUCAAGUACAGAACAACUACAAGCAUCACUGUCUGUGCAUCUCAAUGUGGAUCUCUCAAUAUGUUAAUAUACUGUAUGUUGUGACAGAAUUCUCAAUUAUUAUAAAUUCUUGUUCAUGCUCCUUCAUUUUUCUAUUUUUGUAAAACUGUUUAUGAAAGUUGCUGAAACAGAAUAAAAGCCUUAAAAAUAAUAA